CGCAACAUCUUUGACAAAGAAUUAAAGUUUACAAAUAUUGUAGGGUGUGGUAUGAGUUGUUGAAGUGAAAGUAAGGUAUCAAUAUGUGGAUUUUGGAAAGACUUCCCAUAGGUCUUGGCAUCAUAUUGUUAUUUGUCGUUUACGGUGAAAGUCUUGAAUGUUAUGUGUGCACAUCACAGGAGACAAAUGGAGAGAAGUGCCUCAACACCAUAAAGACUUGUGAACAAGGAGAGGAUGUGUGUCUGACAGAGAUAAAGUGGGGAAGUACUCCUUACUGGUCUCAGGGAGCACAGAAGCAGUAUUAUGUUUCAAAGAGAUGCUCAACGAAGUCAGCAUGUGAAAAGAUUAGAAGCAAGAAUAUGCCAUACUGCACUCACAUCUGGUAUCAGGAUUGGAGGUGUGCUGAAUGUUGUCAGGGUGACCGUUGCAAUUUCUAUGUGUUUCUGAGUGGAAGCACAGCUCGUUCAAGUUUGUUUGUGGUGCUUGCUUCAGUUUCUGUCAUUUUGGCUGUUGGCAGAUUUCUUCAGUAGAAAUGAUUUGGAAAUGAAAUUUCCUUCAUUAUACCGUCCAGCAGUAAUUUGCCUCUCAUUUUUAGCUCCGGAGUUGUGCUAAUUUUAAAGUAGUAUUCGAGGUUCAGCAAACAUUGUAUCUAAGAAAACCUUUGAAUGCAUAUUUUACAUUUUAGGAAACAUUUUUGGAGGAGUAAUAUUCUAUUUUGAUUAUAAAUGUUAUUGUUGCCUUUGACAUGUAAUCUGUCGAAUAUUAUAGUUAUUUGGUACUGUAAGAUAAAUAUUUUUACCAAUGACAGACUUUUCAUUGUUAAUAACUUUACAGAUCUGCUAAGUAAAUAACUGUAUUUUUACUAAUAUGGAAGUUUUUCGAAAGAAUGUGGAACAGUAAAAUGUAUUGCUUGAAACUGAAAGAAGGAGGGAGGGCGGGGGUAGGGGUAGGAAAGAAUGAAAGAAAGAAAGAAAGAGAUUGUCACAUGUGAGGAAAAAUUGUGAAGUAAAUUGUGAAUUUGUAUGUUGCUGUUUGAAUUUUGCUUGUUGUAAUUUAUAGGCACAAAAUAUCAUUUUGUACAACUCCUUUUACAUAAGAUAAAAUGCAGUAUUAUAUUUAUGAAGAUAAAAACUGUAAUUUUAGACACAAUUACAUUCAACAGUGACACAUAACUUAAAAGAAAAUACAGGUAAACAAACUCACCUUUGUUUAUCUGCACUUGUUAGAUUUUAAUGGAGUCGCCCAAUACAUUAUGCGUAACCUGACCAAACACAGUGUACCAAUAAUGAGGGUAGCACUGUAUUUUGGGAGGAAGGAAACAGCUGAAGCUGAUCAUGUUCUCAGGGAAAGUGGAAAACAAAUCUGUAAAUGUAGCUUUUACAAGUGAUAAAAAGCUCACUGUUGGGGAAAGAAUUUGGAAAAGUAAGGGGUAGAUACUCUCAGGGUACCAGAUCUCAGAUAUGUUCAUAAUAGCAAAAUUUCAGUCCAGUUCAUAGUUUGCCCAGGCUAUACUUUUAUUAUGGUAUAUGACUAGUAUCAUUUGCAAAUUGGUACAGUUUAAACUUGCUAGUGUUGUAGCUAUAAGUUAAGAUUUUUGAUUGAGUAUUUAAUUUCUUCUACUCUGAUAUUGUGUAGAUUAAUUAAAUAAUCUACUUAAAAGUGCUGAAAAUGACUAUGACUGACUGUGGUUCAUUCCUGGACACUCAUGUUAUUAAUUGUACAACGUGCACAUUUUGUAUAAGAUUUCAUUGAAGAAGGUUAUAAUAUUAAAAGCAGCAUACUUGCCUUUGGUAGUAGCUGUUGUAUGAUAAAUAGUAAAACUAUAGAGUGAGUGCUGGAUUUCAAAAUUCACUUUCUUGGGAACCACAAUGAAAAGAGGAGGUGGAAAAACUUUUUGAAGAAUGAAUAAGAUCAAAUAAUGUUGAACAAAAUACUCUAUA